AACAUAUUUAAAAAUAUGCAGUAUACACAACGACACAUACAUAUAUUUAUAAUUUUAAGGGCAAGCAUUGGAUUUGGAAACACUAUAUAUAUCUCAAGAAUCCAAGUCUUGUAGACAAAAUCUGAGAGUGAAGGAUAUAUAGGUGAGGAAGCUCCAAUUCGUCGACGAUCAAUGGGAUCCACUUCGGCGACCAGGUUAACAGAGUACAGUAACUGGAGGUGCGUCAGCAAUUACCACUUCCAGUGCUGCGCCAACUUGUCGCCGGAGCCACACUAUCCGUCGAUGACGAGAUUUCCGAGAGGCUCCUCGCAGGAAGAGGCGUUGAGAUCGCCGGAAGCCAAAGCAGUUUUGAAAGUCACCGGGAUGACGUGCGCCGCCUGUGCUGGGUCCGUGGAGAAAGCCGUCAAACGCCUCCCUGGAAUUCGCGACGCCGUCGUCGAUGUCUUGAACGAUAAAGCGCUGGUUCGCUACUUUCCGGCGAUGGUUACUGAGGAGAGAAUAAAAGAGGCCAUUGAGGACGCUGGAUUUGAAGCCAAGUCCAUCGAAGAAGAAUCAAAAGAGAAGCCUUCUCAAAUUUGCCGAAUACACAUAAACGGUAUGACUUGUACUUCUUGCUCCUCUACUGUUGAGUCCGUUCUUCAAGCCAUUCUUGGAGUGCAGAAAGCACAAGUGGCCUUGGCAACUGAAGAAGCUCAAGUCCGUUAUGACCCAAAGAUUGUCACCUACAAUCACCUAAAGGAAGCCAUUGAAGAUGCAGGAUUUGAAGCCAUAUUAAUAAGCACAGGUGAACACAUAAGCAAGAUAGCAUUGAAAAUUGAAGGCCUUAAAACUGAUCAACCUUUGAGGGCGAUUGAAAAGUCUAUCCAAUCACUUCUAGGAGUUGAAAACAUAGACAUUAAUGAAGAAAUGAAGAAGGUUUCCAUUUCAUAUAAACCCUAUAUGACAGGACCUAGAACUUUCAUUGAAGUCAUAGAAUCUUUAGGGUCUGGGGGUUUCAAGGCUAUGAUAUAUCCUGAUGGAGAAGGAAGGGAGACUAACAAAGAAGAGGAAAUCAAGAGAUACUUCAAGUUAUUCAUAUGGAGUUUGGCUUUCUCCAUUCCAAUAUUUCUAACAUCUAUGAUCCUUAUGCAUGUUCCUGGAAUUCAGCGUGUUUUAUAUAUGAAAGUGGUGAACAAUCUGACUAUUGGACUCCUCAUUAGGUGGGAAUUUUCGACCCCAGUGCAGUUCUUCAUAGGCAGGAGAUUCUACAUUGGGGCAUACAAAUCUGUACUCAAUGGUUCCGUUAACAUGGAUGUAUUGAUUGCCUUGGGAACAAAUGCAGCUUACUUCUAUUCUGUAUAUGUUACAGUUAGAGCAGCUUUAUCCAGAGACUUCAUGGGCAGCGACUUUUUUGAGACCAGCUCUAUGCUUAUCUCAUUUAUUCUUUUAGGCAAGUAUUUGGAAGUGUUAGCAAAGGGAAAGACUUCACAAGCCAUUGCCAAACUUAUGGAAUUGACUCCUGACACAGCAAUCUUGUUAACUUUAAAUGAUGAAGGCAAUGUAACAAGUGAACAACAAAUAGAUAGCCGAUUGAUACAAAAAGAUGAUGUGAUAAAAAUUGUACCCGGUGCCAAAGUAGCAUCAGAUGGUUUUGUGAUUUGGGGACAAAGCCACAUAAAUGAGAGUAUGAUAACAGGAGAAGCCAAGCCUGUGGCAAAGAGGAAGGGCGACAUGGUGAUUGGAGGCACUGUGAAUGACAAUGGGGUUUUGCAUGUGAAGGUAACAAGAGUUGGAUCAGAGUGCGCCCUCCGACAGAUUGUUCAACUUGUUGAGUCAGCCCAGAUGGCUAAAGCUCCUGUUCAGAAGCUUGCAGACCGUAUUUCCAAAUACUUUGUGCCAUUGGUUAUAAUGCUUUCUCUUGCAACUUGGGUUUCCUGGCUUGUAGCUGGACAAUUACAUGCAUACCCGAAAUCUUGGAUUCCAUCCUCCAUGAACAACUUUGAGCUUGCACUUCAGUUUGGGAUCUCUGUGAUGGUCAUAGCUUGUCCUUGUGCUUUAGGCCUAGCCACUCCUACAGCUGUCAUGGUUGGUACUGGAGUUGGUGCGACUCAAGGCGUGUUGAUCAAAGGUGGCCAAGCAUUAGAAAAGGCACAUAAGGUGAGUUGCAUUGUCUUUGAUAAGACGGGAACUCUAACAAUUGGAAAGCCAGUCGUUAGUACCACAGAACUCUUCAAGAAGAUAACACUACAAGAUUUCUACAAAUUUGUUGUUGCAAUUGAGGUGAACAGUGAACACCCAAUAGCCAAGGCCAUAGUUAAGCAUGCUGAGAAGGCCAUAAAAGAUUAUGAGAACCUUGAUUGGCCAGAAGUGCGAGAUUUUCUUUCCAUUUCAGGCCAUGGAGUAAAAGCCAUUGUUCGAGACAAGGAAAUAAUAGUUGGGAAUAAGAAGUUGAUGCAGGAUCAUAACAUAGUCAUUCCCGUAAAAGCUGAAGAAACACUAGCAAAGGCUGAAAUGUUGGCACAAACAGGAAUUCUAGUGUCCAUAGGUAGAGAAAUUGCAGGAGUCCUAGCAAUUUCCGAUGCGUUGAAACCAAGUGCCAAAGAAGUCAUUUCCAUUCUUAACUCCAUGAAAAUCAAGAGCGUCUUGGCGACAGGAGAUAACUGGGGAACUGCAAAUUCCAUUGCCAGACAAGUUGGGAUUGAAACUGUCAUAGCUGAAGCUCAACCUGAGGUUAAAGCAAACAGAGUAAAAGAUUUGCAGACUUCUGGCUACACCGUGACAAUGGUAGGAGAUGGCAUCAAUGAUUCACCAGCACUUGUGGCGGCUGAUGUAGGAAUGGCGAUUGGUGCUGGCACAGAUAUUGCUAUUGAGGCAGCUGACAUAGUGCUCAUGAAGAGCAACUUAGAAGACAUAAUAAUUGCUAUUGACCUUGCAAAGAAAACUUUCUCUAGGAUUCGUCUAAACUACAUUUGGGCUUUAGGAUAUAAUCUACUAGCAAUUCCAAUAGCUGCUGGAAUCCUUUACCCAUCUACUAAAUUCCGCUUACCGCCAUGGAUUGCUGGAGCUGCAAUGGCAGCAUCUUCCGUCAGUGUUGUUUGCUCCUCCCUCUUGUUAAAGAACUAUAAGAGACCCCCGAAGCUAAAUAACUUGGAGAUAAAUGGUAUUAAGAUUGAAUAAUCAGCAAUCAAUUGCUUUACAUCUUGUUAUGUGAAUAUAAAUGGUAUUAAGUAGAGAACACUUCCUAGCCGAAACUUUGAUUAGCACACAGGGCGUAAGCGCCUAAAAAUUCUCAUAGGAUUAGGUGUAGGAUGUCCAUCUACAUAUACGGGGUGCCAUGUAUCUGUAGGUUUGUACUUGUAGCAUUCUUUUUCUGCUAGUUCACUUUGUUCGGUAUCCAUUUAGUAGUUUUUACAUGUACAAUAUGUUGCUUUUGAAUGUAAAAUAUGGAAGUGGUUGCUUACCCCAUUCUAUUCAAUCCAUAUCUGCAAUAUUUCGAUUACCUUUCAUGAAUUUUUUGUUUUUUGUU